UUGCAGAAAUGUUUUACUCCAUCACAGUAUUUAGCAAAUAUGACACUGAACUCAGAUGAAUGGUUAAAGUACCAACAUGUCACUAAAACUGCAUUUAUAACUAAAUUAUUUGACCUGCAACAAAUUUCAUUUCAGCUUAACACAACAGUUCCUCCAAAUCAACCACUUUUUCAACCGGUUCCAUCAGAGAUCAUAUUCAGGAAUUUUAAUCCAUUUUGUGAUAUCAGUUUGCCUCUUGUUCUUCGAAAUGAUGAUUCUGUCCCAAGGUGUGUAAAAGUUUCAAUUCAAGAUUCCCCAUACUUUCAAAUAAUUUCUCCUCCUGCUCUAGGCAAGAUUGGACCGGGAUUAUCCGUUACCUACAAAAUUUUAUUCUCACCUCAAGAAUGUCAAGAUUAUGAGCAUAAAGUCGUAUGUACAACAGAGCGAGAAGAGUUCGUUGUACCAAUCAAAGCCAUCGGACCAAGAGCAAUACUGGACUUCAAUGAUGUCAUAGAUUUUUCCGCCUGUCCAGUCAAAUACUUAACAUCCAAAACUAUUUUUAUAAGAAACAUUGGGAAUUGCACAGCUCAUUUUACACUUUCUACAGAUUGUCCUUUCACAGUGACACCGGAUACAGGAUGUUUAGAAGUGAAUGCUAGCAUGCAGGUUACUCUGGGCUUCAGACCCAUGUGUGUUGGCUGUCACAGAGGCCUGCUCAUCAUCCACUACCACACAGGUGAGGAUGUGAACGUUGAACUGUGUGGAAUGAGUGAGGACCAGAUAAUAAGGUUGGAGAAGAACGUGGUGAGACUGGACAACACAUUCAUCAACAUGCUUUCUUCUAAAUCUGUGACACUGAUUAAUCGAUCAAAUAUAGUAGCCAACUACAGGUGGACCACAAAUGUACUUGAAAUUACAGACAAUUUAGUGAACAACAAAAUUAUCAACAAUUUCAAUGCAGAUACUGUAUUUUCAUCUCAAAAUAAUUUCCCGAUGGAAGAUAAAAACAAAGAUAUAAAGAUAUAUGUCAAUUGUGAUAUUUUGUCUAUAGAAACGUCAAAAAACUUUGUCAACACUGAUAAUAUAAAAUUCAUCAAAAAUGUUGUGGAGAUGUAUCCAGGCGAGGGAUGUGUGUGGCCUCAUUCAUCUGUCGACAUUAAAGUUACUUUUGCUCCUCGCUCUGAUGGUCACUUGGACACGAUCAUGUAUUGCGAUGUGGAGGGCAGGGAGACCAGGCUGCCACUUUACAUUAAAGGCCAGGCUCAGGGACCAUCUGUGGAGUUGUCGUACGAUUCGUUGGACAUGGGUGAUGUGGUCUUCCAUACAACGAACAUUUACGAGAUCAUUCUUGCUAACAAGGGUCUCAUUGAUGCAGAUUUUAAAAUUUUUUUGGAUGGUUCUUCCCAGCUGAAAUCAUGUUUCGAAGUUGAGCCAGAGGCUGGUCACUUGGGAGCAAAUAUUCAACAAAUAAUUUGCGUCAGAUUCACUGCCAAUACACUCGGACAUUUUAGUUGCAAAUUUAAAUUUGAAAUCACGAAUCAACCGAGAGAUUUGUUCGUUAUUUACAAGGGUUGUGUAGUGGCACCUUCAUUUCAGUUCAGCGUAGAUCAGUUGGACUUCGGUGCAGUCUCGUGUGGUUUUGAAGUAACUAGAUCCUUUGUGCUGACCAACACGUCGUUCGUGCCACUGAAGUUUCAGCUAAGGAUUCCUUCAGAUGGAACAGAUGCAGCAGCAGAAAGAGCUGAUGCCAUUAGAAAAGAUUUUAAAGUUUGUAUAAGUGUACUUCUAUCUCAUUUUAGACAAACUUGCCUAAAGGAAUUCACGAUAUCUCCCGCGUAUGGUCAACUAGAUGGCCACUCGUGUACUACGAUUUGUAUACUUUUCUGCUCAAACACAGUAAAAGUUUAUGAAGAACUGAUGGUCUUUGAUGUUGUUGGAGUGCAGAAUGACGCUCACUCUAUUUUUAUCCGAGCUCAAUGCAUUCUACCAGAACUGACCUUGCUCUCGCCCAACCUCUUCUACGACCGGGUACCCAUCAACCACCCAGCCACCAAAUUCAUCGAACUUCAAAACUCAACUGAGCAUUAUGCCAGAUAUAAAGUUGGAAGCCUGUCUAACAAAGCAAUUGACUUGUUCAGCUCUCUGCCUGAUGGUAUUAUAGCUCCAACGACAUGUGCGGCAGUUCCCUUGACGAUGGUGCUGAAGGAGUUGAAGGACUUGCAUGCCUCACUUGAUAUCUUUACUUUCAAAUCAGACAAACCAUUUGCUAAAGUGCACGUGUUUGGUAAGGCUGAAGGUCCCGUGGUGAAGAUGUCGUCAACUUGCAUUAACUUUGGCAGCACCUGCUGUCUGAGUGGCGUAUCGAAGCAGCUGUUCCUCUGCAACCAAUCUCCCAUCCCCGCUUCUUUCAGGGUUUUUUUACAAAAAAAUGUUGUGUUCAGUGCAUCACCUCUGCAGGAUUCCAUUCCACCAAACGACACGAUCAUCAUUGUCAUCACUGCCUGUCUCGAUGAUGCAAUCAACUUUACAGACAGGUUAAUGAUAGAUGUUGAGCAUGGAGCCACCCUGACAUGUGAUCUGCUCGCUCAAGGAAAAGGUCCGACACUGGUCAUCGACAGCCAGCUGAUGAACGGCAUUCGCAUCGGUCCUCAGUUCACCAAGUCGCAGUUCAAGUGCAGCUAUUCCGUCUGCAAUGCCGGCCGCAGAGUGCAGAGCGUCAUUUGGUCAACAUUGAGUGAUAAGAAGAAUAAAAAAACUGUUAGAGAACGUGCAAAAUCAUUACUCACAUGUCACGGUCCCAUCUUCAUUAUGAACCCCCAGCGAAUGGAACUUCUCCCUAACCAGAAGGCCACGUUCGAUCUCGUAGCUUCUGCUCAGACACCCUGCUCUGGCGAGGAAACAUUGCUAUGCCAUGUUAUAAUUGGAAAGGGUGGACUGAGAGAGUUGGCCUACGAAGUCAAAGUUACAUAUGUGUUUGUUGAUCCGCUCAUCAAAAUGAAUGUCUGCCUUAUUCAAUUUGCCUAUAAUAUGUUGCCUGGUCUGUUAUUGAAUGAAGAGUGUCAAUGUUUUGAAAUAUCAAAUGUGUCCAGUUUGCCGCUGGUCGUCAACCUACAACUUCAUCAUCCUGCUUUCUCUCUUUCUCACCCAAAUCUCUCAGAAAGGCACCACAAUAUGAAAUUAAACAUGGUCGAGGGGGCAAGUCAGGAAGUGGAAGUUUGGUUCAACCCUCUGCAAGUGGCAGAGCUUGCAGUGAAGAAGUUAAGCGCAUGUUUCCAAAGCAGUUUGAUCAUCACCUAUGAAGGCCAUUCUAAUUCGGAUGACUUGCUGGUGAAAGUGGUCAUCAACUACCCAAACCUCUCGUUAGAACAUGCAAGCAUUGACUUUGGGUGCAUUCUGAACGACACGGAAGCAUCUAGAGAGAUGACGCUGUGCAACAGCGGUGACAUGCCAGUCUCAUACAAAUGGUCAUUUCUUGUUGGCGAUGAAAGCAUCUGUAGCACCAGACAACUCAUUGUUAACAAUGACGAGGUCAAGGAAAAUAUGGAGGAGUAUGCGCUCGUAGAUAACUUUGAUGAACUUGACACGCGUAAGUACUUUGAGUUAGGACGGAGAUACAUUUUUUAA